AUGCCUGGGCCUAAGAUUGCCUGUAUUGGGAUCAUUGGGAAAGCUGAUAACCCGCUCCACAUUUCUCUCUUCCCACCUUAUGAUGAUGCCUCAAUCAAAUUCUCCUUCUUGCUGAACUCCUGUCUUGAUAUCUUUGAGAUUCGGCGCAAGCAAACUUCCAUCGAUCAGGACCUGGGCCUCCUUCAUGCCAUUGAUGAGAGAUUGGCUGCUUAUGGAUGGCUCACCACAACUGGGGUCAAAUUCCUUAUCGUCGUGGAUCUGUUUGGACAAGAAUCUGCCUUUGGGAGCAAAUCAGCGGGGCCUGCGGUUAGUGGCUUGCGGGAUUCCGAUUUAAAGCCAGCGUUUCGUGCUUUGCAGAAUGCGUACAUUCAGCUAUUGCAGAAUCCUUUCUAUUCUCCAGAUGACCAUGCGCCUACAUCUGAGAUGGCAGCCAGCUCGGCAUCCUCCUGUCAAUCAAUCUCUAAUCCAAGAUUUCUAGCCGAUGUCCAGCGUAUCGGUGCAAACUGGGCCCCGGGUACUGCCUUGUAG